AUGGAAAGUGUUUUUCGUCAAAUAGUUAGAUAUUGUUCUACAGUUAAGCGCAGAACUCGGACACGAUUUGCACCGAGUCCCACAGGUCCACUACACAUUGGAGGGCUUCGGACGGCACUUAUUAAUUACAUGUUAGCGAGAAGAGAUGGCGGAGAUUUCAUUUUACGGAUAGAGGAUACUGAUCAAUCUCGGUGUUCUGUAGAUGCAUUUGUAGGCAUAAUAAAGGGUCUCAAGUGGGCUGGCCUUAACCCAGAUGAAGGACCAAGUUUCGGUGGUAAAUUCGGUCCGUAUAUUCAGUCGGAGCGUUCCAAAAUUUAUCGCAAAUAUGCCGAUCAUCUCUUACAAAGUGGCCGAGCUUAUCGAUGUUUCUGUUCUAAUUCCCGCUUGGAAAUUCUCAAAAAUGAGCAACGUAGAAGGGGAGAAACAGUUCGCUAUGACAACCGCUGUCGUCAUCUCUGCGAAAAAGAACUUCAAUCAAAUCUUUUGCAUAACUUGCCUUACGUUAUUCGCUUCAAAUUGCUUCCUGGGGAUACAGUUUUUCAGGAUGCUGUAUAUGGAGAAAUAAGCUUCCCAAAUGCUGACUCGGAGGGUGAUCCGGUUAUAGUGAAAUCAGAUGGGUUACCUGUUUAUCAUUUAGCCAACGUUAUUGAUGACUAUCUAAUGGAAAUAAGCCACGUCAUUCGCGGUUCAGAAUGGAUUACAUCGGUUCCUAAGCAUCUUCAAAUCUACGCCGCAUUCGACUGGCAACCUCCAACAUUUGCCCAUUUACCCCUCUUGCUCUCUAGUUCUGGACGCAAAUUUUCCAAACGUGACAAGGAGCAAGCAUCGGUAGCAUUAGUAGAAAAUCUACGCUGUGAUGGCCAUCUGCCCUCUGCUCUUCUGACCUGGCUAGCGGCAACUGGUGGACUUUUUGACUUCGCUCCUUCCAGUGGUAAUGGAAAUUCCAACGAGAGAGAAUUCACAGGUCUCUGGCGGCCAGAAAAACGCAUCAUGGAAUUAGUGCCAUCGUUUGAUUUCCAAUCGUUGAACCGUCAUCAUGCCCAAGUGGAUCCUGCGUUACUUCAACUUUGUGGAAGAGCACAUUUUGAUCGUCUUAUUAACGAAGCCGCCUCCGAACCCACUACAACUCAUCCUACCAUCACGGAAUGUCUUCGCGAUUACCUAAAUGAAUUUCACCAGGCAGAUGAAGACUGUGCUUAUUUAAAAGAAUUGCUUAAUGAUGAGAGACGCUUCAUUGCAAUGCUCAAUGGUCUAAAGGGCCGUAUUAGUAGGAUCUCAGAUUUGACCUCAACGUCCUCUGAGAUCAGCUUUAUCUGCCACUCUCCAAAUCCGGAGAUUAUUAAGUCGUCACUUUCUCUUCUGGAUACUAUCGGCCAGGCCCUUUCAACCGUCGCUUCAAAGUUGGAAUGUAUGGAACAACCUUCAGAGGACGAAUUGAAAGCGAUCUUCCAGAGCUCUAGCCAAUUAACUGAUCUUCCAAAAGCAAAAUUCCUCAAGAAGCUUCGAGUUUGCCUCACUGGAUCUGAGAACGGAAUGCCAUUACAUGAACUCAUAUUACUACUAUCACCGAAGGAGGCAGCAAAACGAAUAAAAAAUGCUGUAAAAAUAAUUUCUUAG